UAUCAUUAUUAUUUUACCUUUUUCUUUUUUAGUCAGUAUUAUGCAAAUAUCAAAAAAGAACUCGAACCAACAAAAGACAGUGUCAAAUAAUAUAAAGAAUGAAGAACUUGUGAGAUUAAUAUUACAAGCUUUACUCGAUCUUGGUUACAACAAUGCUGCUACUGCACUAGAGACAGAGUCAGGCAUUUCACUAGAAUCAAGUAUUAUUUUAAAGUUUAGGUCGAGUAUUUUACAUGGUGAAUGGCAAGUAGCGGAAUCCCUUUUAUCUCAAAUACCCUUUAUUUCAACAAAUAAUCUACCUAAAGUUCAAUUUCUAAUUCGACAACAAAAGUUUUUGGAAUUACUGGAAAAGGGUGAAACGAUGCAAGCAUUAUAUGUGCUUAGAACAGAAAUUACACCAUUAGGUCAAAAUACAGAGAGAUUACAUUUACUUACAAGUUUAGUACUUUGUUCUUCAAUAGACGACGUGAUGGAGCAAGCCUGCUGGGAUGGCACACAAGGGGCAUCAAGAGAACAAUUGUUAACAGAGAUACAACAUUUUGUUGAUCCUACAGCCAUGAUACCAAAACAACGAUUGUUAUACUUGAUUAAUCAAUCACUUGAAUGGCAAAAGAGGUCCUGUCUCUAUCAUAAUCCGAGACAAGAUAAUAAAUUUUCUUUAUUUUCAGAUCAUAUGUGUGAUAAAAAUCAAUUUCCUACAACGACCAUCAAGGUCCUUCGAGGGCAUACAGACGAGAUCUGGCAUGUUGCUUAUUCGCAUGAUGGACAUUAUUUAGCUUCAGUUUCAAAAGAUAAAUCAUGUAUUAUUUGGGACAUGAAGACCUUUGAAGCUAUUCAGACAUUUAAGAGUGAAGUGAGUGGAUCGUAUUGUGCUUGGUCUCCAGAUAACACUCGUUUAUUGGUAUGUGGUACGGAUUUUGGUAUUCGUUUAUGGGACCCUUUUAGUGGUACCUUAUUACAUACCUUUCAAAGUCAUCGAGAUCAAGUGACAAGUUGUGUUUGGUUACCUGAUAAUCGACAUUUUAUUUCAGGUGCCUGUGAUAAGAUACUUUGUUUAUGGGAUGCUGAUGAAUCCACACAGCCCGUGACUCGUUGGCCAGUUCAGAGAACGACGGAUAUGAAGAUAACUGAAGACGGGAAACGAUUUGUGACGAUUGGAUUAGAUAAAUGUAUAAGUGUUUAUGAUGUAGAUGGAUUACGUAUCACUGAAAUUGUAAAGAUACCUGAAGAAGGUACGAUCACGUCAUUAACAUUAACAAAAGAUGGAAGAUAUGCAUUGGUCAAUGUUCAAGACGUACAAGAGUUACAUUUAUGGGAUUUAGAUGAAAGAGAGAUAGUACAUAAAUAUUCAGGUCAAAAGCAGAUUACUUAUAUCAUUCGAUCUACCCUGGGAGGACAUAAUGAAUCAUUUGUAAUUAGUGGCAGUGAAGAUAAUCAUGUAUAUAUCUGGAGUCGAGAUCAUGGAACAUUAUUAGAGGAACUAGAAGGACAUGAAAAUACAGUGAAUUGUGUUAGUUGGUGUCCUAUUGAACCUAUGCAAUUUGUGUCUGCGAGUGAUGAUCAUACCAUAAGAGUUUGGGGACCCAAUCAAAAUAGUAUGAUGGAUCUAUAAUACAAUCACGUGGAAUAUAUGCUAAUAAACAGUAUAAUUAACAUAGUGUAUCUCUCUAUUUACAUUAGGACGUUUUAAUCAUUUCUAUCUAAUUCAUUUUUUUGAGUAUCUAUCUAUCUAUAGCAGUCAUUAUAGUUGUAUGUAAUUUAUUUAUAUCCUGUCUAUUUUCUUUAACUUUUAUAGUUAUGUAUUUUUUUUUUUUUUUCAACGUUUAUU